GGUGGCGGGUUCGUGGGGUCUGAUGGCACGCCGAACGUCCUUGAAUAUGUCUGAAGCAGCACGGCCGCCGUCACACGAUCGCCAACGUUGUGUGCUUCGCUACGCGCGCCUUUGCCAUCGACGUGCACGCCGUUCAAUCGGGUUUUCACGACGCGCCAUCGUUGUUGUUCCCACCGAAGUCGAGCCUUCUUCACUUGGCGAGGACGAGCGAUGGACGUGGACGGGGACGCGGUUCAUGACACACUCAGCAAGGCGGAGAGGGAGGCUGUGGCAGCAGCCGUGAACAUGAUGCUCAUCAGGUGUCAAUUGCAGAGGACGGAGGGGAGGAUGAGAGCAGCCAUUCGCGCACGCCGGAAGAAGACGCUGCAGUCCAUUCAUGUGGACGAAGAGGGCAGUGGUGCCAUUUGCGACGCUGUCCUUCAGGUGUGCUAUGCCAUGGGGUGUGGAGCGUUUCCCAGAGCGACGCCGAGGUGGUGGAUGAAGCGUCGAACAGGGGGGGGGGUGGGAGGAUCUGCAGCAAUGCGACGACGCAACGGAAGACUACUUCAAGGACAAGCUGCGCAUGUCGCCACGGGUGGUCAUCGAUCUGAACUUGCGCGUGCUGGAUGUGUUCGUCGGAUACCCGGGGAGCUGCCACGACGUGAGGAUCAUCCAACUGUCCAGUUUGUGGGCGCGUGCAGAGGCAGGUUGCUUUUCACUGGGCCACCUGUCAUGCUGCCUUUCGGUGUGCGAACGAACGGCUAUCUACUGGGCGACAACGGUUACCCCCCCUCGGAAUGGGUAGUCGUCCCCUACGGCGGUGUAUCGCAGCACCCGUCGGAGAUUCGGUUUGACAACAAGCAGAAGACGGCGAGGGGAGCAGUCGAGAGGGCUUUCGGCAGAUUGAAGGGGAUGUGGAGGUUGUUCCUUCGCUCCCACAAGACGAACCUAGACACGUUGCCGCAGCAAUUCGUCGCCGUCUGCAUUCUCCACAACAUACUCAUCGACGCGGGCAUCCCGUUCGACGACAAUCUGCUGUGGGAGGUCAGGCCAGACGGUGUUCGUCGCAGGGUGGACCUUGGGAUGCACCGCCCGUUGAGGCAGAUGUGUAUGGAGUCGUCGACGGGGGAUGUGCUGAUCCUGCGGGAUGCACUGGCGGAGCGAAUGGGUACGCAGUGAAGACGAGCAGUCGUAGGGAGCGGGCGGCAUGC